AUGACGGAUCUCAGACCUAUUAGCCUUUGUACGGUGUUAUACAAGAUCUUGUCUAAGAUUCUCACAUCUCGACUGAAGAAGAUUCUACCUGCAAUCGUGUCUCCCACGAAGUCAGCUUUUGUUUCGGAGAGACUCAUCUCUGAUAACAUCUUAAUUGCCCAUGAGAUAGUCCACAGUCUGAGUUCACACCGUGAGAUUUCGGAGAGUUUUAUGGCCAUUACGACUGAUAUGUCAAAGGCAUACGAUCGUGUGGAGUGGAGGUUUUUACGAGAGCUCUUGGUGGCUAUGGGUUUCAGAACUAUAUGGAUCAACUGGAUCAUGAGUUGUGUACAGACUGUCACGUACUCUGUCCUAAUAAACGGCCAACCGUACGGAAUGAUACGACCAAAACGUGGCUUGCGUCAAGGUGACCCCUUAUCUCCAUUUCUCUUUGUCUUAUGUACGGAGGCUUUGGUCCAUUUGCUUAAUCGAGCUGAAAGUCAAGCAAGAAUCACGGGUAUUCAGUUUCAUCCUAGUGGUCCGUCCAUUAAUCACAUGCUAUUCGCGGAUGAUAGCUUGUUUAUAUGUCAAGCUACGAAUCAACAGUGUCAGGAGCUUUUCGAGGUCUUAAGUGAUUAUGAAAGAGUUUCGGGUCAGAAAAUCAAUGCUUCAAAAUCGGCCAUUACUUUUGGCUCACGUGUCUCGGCAGAAAUCAAAGCUUGGAUCAAGGCCAAAUCCAAUAUCCUCACUGAAGGUGGAACAGGCAAGUACCUGGGAUUACCGGAGUAUCUAAGUGGAUCCACAAACAACAGCUUAUGGGGUACAUAA